AUGCCGAAUCCAUUCACGGAGACAUCCCACACUCGCUGGGGUGACUACUCUGUCCAAGGCCUCAACAUUGAGGUCGUCGCGGAGGUGCCGGACAUGGAUGCUCUCCCGGGCGGCGACGGCAGGUCAAUUAGAAUCCCUCCGUACUUCUGGGGCGAGGGUCCCGCCGUGGACCGGCUGGCGGGGAACGGGAAGCUCAGCAAAGGUGGCGGCUUCCCGGUGCACGUGGGCUACUCGGAGGCGAGGGCUUUGGUCGGCAAGGGAACUGUGGCGGACCUGAGAAGGCUGUCCCUCGAAGCGGAAAACUUGGUGGAGGAGAUGUUUGCUAGCAUCGGCGUCCCGCACAAGCACGAGCAGUUCGGGCCAGAAGCGACUCGGCCCAGGGUGGUGCGGCUGCGGCUGUCGCCGGAGCUCGAGCUGUGGAAAAGCACGCAGCACGCAAUCGGCAACGUGCUGCCACCCAAGGGCGCGGGGCUGACCCAGGCCUCGCCGCAGGCGAUCGCCUUGCUGGGGGCCGGCGACUGGCCCGAGGCCAUGACGACCACCAACGCCCUGUUCGGCUGCGGCAUCGCGAGCCUGCUCAUCGGCGCCGCCGACGCGCGCACAAUGUUCUCCAACUACGUGACCGACAUGGCCUUCUACUACGAGCACGGGUACAACCACGUCUUCCCCUCGCUCCACCGGCUGCUGCAGGACGGGCUCGCCGACGCCCACGCGCGGCGCACCCUCGGCGGCCGGCAGCGGCGCGAGGCCGUCGCCGCCGGCGUGCGGUACAUCCAGGCCAAGAUCGCGCUCGAGGCGGCGCACAGGACGUGCCUCAAGAACGCCGCCGCGCGGAUGGACCGCCGGACCGCCCAGGUCAUCUCCCUGUCCGAGAGCAGCCUGCUCGGCAUGGCGGCCGAGGCCACGGCCCGGGGCUUCGACGCCGGCGCCGUCAUGAGCGACCUCGUCUUCAGCUCGCCCGGCACCGACGUCGUCGACGUGGGAUGUGACCUGGUCAACUCCGAGGUCAUGAACUCGUUCCUCAACGUCGCCGACAUCGCCGCCUCGGGGGUCGUGUGUGAGCAGGCGCUGCGGGCCAUCUACGACGCCUACGCCGCCACGUGUGCGCGCAUGUUGACCCAGAGGUGGCACGAGCCAGUGGCCAGGAUGUGCGCCGCGCUGUACACGUGGCACAUACAAAACGACCGGCACAUGUUCCUCCGCCGCGUCGUCCUGGGAUGGCCCAAGGUCCGCAAGUCGCCGGCGCAGCCCCAGCGCGAGGCCGACUUCGACGAGGUCUUCGACGCCGACUUCCGUACCACCGGAUUCAGCAGGCCGCUUGACCCGGCGCAUGCAUGCGACGGCGGCGACACCUGCAACCACGUCCGCCGCUUCCUCGAUCACUAUCAGGGUGAGGACCUGCUCGGCGCCCUCUGGUCGUCACUCGUCAUCGGCCCGCUCGAGUACGCCCGGCGGGGCGAGGUGGACGAGCAGCGCGAGCAGUACCUCGCCGAAUCCUCGCGCCUGCUAAUGGCCCAGCUCUUCUCCAAGGGCCUCGUCGUCCAUAUGGUCUGGCUCAUCGCCCAUGCCAACCACCACGCCUGGCAGGUUAACUACCUAUUCGAGGCCGCCAUGUUUGGCAGCAUCCUGGACGGCGGCACAUUGAUAGGCAAGCUCGACCGGGCAGAGGGCGAGGAAGCGCAAGGCCAGGAGAAAGAGAAGGACAUGACCUACAUCAAUGUCCGCAAUGAACAAGGUCGUUAG